AGCCCCCCUCCCACCUUGGAAAAAGCAGCAUCCCACUGCAGUCCCCAAUCCCUCACCACAAUAGCCAGACCAGACCAGACAUAACACCCAAAACAUCCACACCCAAACCCCCCCCCAAAAAUGUCCCCAAUAAUAGCCUUCAUCCCCGGCGCCUGGCUCACCCCAGCCUUCUACGAACCCUUCCUCUCCACCCUGACCGAAACCACCGCCCUCCCCGUCGAGCACAUCCCCUACCCGUCCCUGGACCCCAACCCGAACCCCAACCCCAACCCGAGGGACCCAGCAACAGCAACAGCAACCGCCGACGUCCAAACCGACACAACCGCCAUCCGCACCCGCCUCCUCACGCUCAUCGAAUCCCAAGCCCGCGAGGUCAUCCUCAUGAUGCACUCCUACGCCGGGAUGCCGGGCGCGGCCGCGGCGUCCGGCCUGAGCAAAGCCGCGCGCCACCGGGCCGGAAAGCCCGGCGGCGUGGUGGGCAUGAUCUUCGUGGCGGCGUUCCUCGUGCCCGAGGGGGUGAGCUGUGCCGGGUUGCAGGGCGGUGCGCUGCCCCCGUGGAUUCUGUUGGAUACGGUGCGUAAACCCUAGCCCCGGCAACGGUCCCAGCCCCAGUCCCAGUCCCAGCCCCAGCCAACCCUGAAACUAUUAUACCGGAUGGAGAGGGUUUAUCAGGGAAAGUGGCUAACACCCUCACGGCGGAGAACCCAGCCCGCCCCGCAACUCAACUACCCCGACGACCCGGUGGGAAAUUUCCUGCCUGAGGCCCGGGGGAAUUCUCCGGAGGCAGCUCUCGAGACGUAUCUCCGGCCGCACGCGACGCGGGCGUUUACCUCCCCGCAGCCGGCGCCGGCGUGGGCGG